CCCGACACUCACCGCUCGCAGGGGACCCUAUAUAAGCCGUGCAGCUGUCAGGUGGAGGACACUGACUGCUCUGUGCUCAGGGACGACUUGCUUUAGGGAAUAACACAGCUCAUCCAAACUCUAACAAUGGCUCAUGCAUGGGGAUACGCUGCGAACAACGGACCCGACAAAUGGGUUUCAAACUUCCCUAUUGCCGAUGGACCCCGUCAGUCUCCCAUUGACAUCCUACCUGGUGGAGCAUCAUACGACUCCGGGCUGAAGCCCCUCAGACUGAAGUACGACCCCUCCAACUGCCUUGAAAUCCUCAACAACGGACAUUCCUUCCAAGUGACCUUCGCAGAUGACAGCGAUAGCUCAACUCUGAAAGAAGGACCCAUCUCAGGGGUGUACAGGCUCAAGCAGUUUCAUUUCCACUGGGGAGCAUCUGAUGACAAAGGCUCUGAACAUACCGUGGCUGGGACCAAGUAUCCUGCUGAGCUCCAUUUGGUGCACUGGAACACCAAAUACCCAAGCUUCGGUGAGGCUGCAAGCAAGCCUGAUGGGCUCGCUGUUGUUGGAGUAUUCCUGAAGAUCGGUGAUGCAAAUCCCAGUCUCCAGAAGGUUCUCGACGCCUUCAAUGACAUCAGGGCCAAAGGCAAGCAGACCUCUUUCGCUGACUUCGACCCUUCUACCUUGCUGCCUGGUUGUCUUGACUACUGGACAUAUGACGGCUCCCUGACCACACCCCCCCUGCUGGAGAGCGUUACCUGGAUUGUCUGCAAACAGCCAAUCAGUGUCAGCUGUCAGCAGAUGGCCAAAUUCCGCAGCCUGCUCUUCUCUGCUGAGGGUGAGCCCGAGUGCUGCAUGGUGGACAACUACCGCCCUCCCCAGCCUCUCAAGGGUCGCCCUGUCCGUGCUUCCUUCCAGUAAUACCCCUUCCCCCCCUUUUUACCCUUUCUGCCCUGUUGCUCUCUCCCUCCCCCCUCCCUUUAGUCAGAGUUACCUCUUUUGCAGUGCGCCACAAAGCACACAUGUCUCUCUCUGUCCAAUUUUUUAAAAUAAAUGAAAUUCCUGUGGCCCAUUGCUUUUUCACGUUGGGCGCUCUAGCUGUGAGAUGAAGCCCUUGCCAUAUUUGGAUCUCUGUUUUUUAAUGUAUGUAAUGAGCCAGCACAGAUUCCCUGUCAUAAUUCAUUUUAAAAGACAAGCACUUCACGAUGGCUACGGCACGUUUACCAGGAUUCAGCAUCUGGUGCCAAUGUUUUCAGAGACAUAACACUAGUGUGUGUGGGUCUUCCUUGUGUCAACAAACAAAGCAAGGAUAUGGAUUUGAGUUUAAUAAUCUAUAUAGUGCUUUCGAACCACCAUGGAGUAGACAGCACAUGAUAGGGGGGAGGGAUAAAUCUACAUCACCAUCUGUGAGGAGGGUAAGGUGCAGAUCAAAGACGCAGACACAUACACUCCUGCUGCCAGUCUGGCAGUAAUCUCUGACCGACUGCCAGCCUCUGCAUCCCUGCAGCUUAAUGAAAAGCUGCAGCCGCCUCCAUCACAACCGAUUGAAUCAGAAAAUCCCCCCCUGGCACGCACACACACACACACACACAACGUGGCACGCACGGUCUCAUCCAGACAUGAUGCCUAUAGGCACUGACCUGCUUAUUGAUUUGAACAUAGUGUAAAGCAACAAAGGACAUGAGGACAGUCUUUUGCUAAGUGCUAGUUACAGAACAUCAUAGCAAUUGUUCAGUUUUUACAGCCUAAUCUACAAAUCUGUCUUGUGUUUGCCAUCAUGUGUUGUGUGUUAUUAUCAUUGUGAAUUCUGUAUUUUUCAUUAAGCCUGACAGCUUAUGCAAAAUAAGUCUUAACUUAGUCCUAAAUUGUGUUUUUGUAACCAAAAGCCGAUCUGUGUUGUUGAUGCCCAGAUAGUAUAGCAAUACAGACGAUUGUUUCUGUUUUAAAAAAAAAUUAAAUGUAAUGUGUGAAUUCUUUUCAUGUGUUUUUUUUAAACCCCAAUGUGUCGAGUGCUAAUGCUUAAAACGCACAGUUGCCCUUGUGGGCGAAGCCAUAGUGGCCAAUGCACAAAGCCAAGGAAUAAAUUACCCUGCCAAGGAAGACAAGGAAGAAAAGAACCUGCCAACAGAUCAGAUUAUAGUGUCAGCCUGGUGUCAGGCCCUGUAUAGGAGAAUAAUUAACAAAAGACCAUGACAGGUCCUGAAGAUGUCUGGUCCUAUACCCCGGUAAGCAUUUCUGAAACUAUAAAGAAGUUUGAUGAAAAUGAUGUGAAAUAAAGAUUGCAAUUAACAUAAAACAUAAAUGCGCCUUAUGCCAAAUCAAUGUUAGGGCCAUCCCAUGAGUAUGUGCUGUUGUCAUUCUAUUUUGGAAGUGGACGUUUUACUAGUUCAAUAAAGUAUUUUUGUGACUAACAA